AUGGCUUCGUCAGGAGCUGGCACUGGUGGCAGCUUUCAGCCUAUUCGACAAGGGCAGGCUCAGCAACAGCCAGGAUAUGAGAAGCACAUGACUCCAACCAGUGAGGCAACCAAACUAGAGUCUGAAGGCCGAUUCGUGGAAUAUGUUGGUUCCAACAAGCUCAAGGACAAGAAAGUUUUGAUAACUGGCGGAGAUUCUGGAAUUGGUCGAUCAGUCGCUAUUCUCAUGGCUCGGGAAGGAGCUGAUGUAACUAUCGUAUUUCUUCCGGAAGAACAGGAGGACGCAAAUGACACAAAGAAAGCGGUAGAACGGGAAGGGAAGAAGUGCUUGCUCGUCCCCGGAAAUUUGAUGAAUAACGACAACUGCAAGAAGGCGGUGGAUGAGCAUGUGAGCGCAUACGAUCGAGUCGAUGUUCUGGUUAACAACGCUUCAAAGCAGAUCAUGUGCAAGGAUUUUGCUCAGAUCGACCUAGACAACGUUGCCAGCACGUUUCAGAGCAAUAUUUUACAGAUGUUUGCCAUUACUAAGUUUGCAAUUCCGCAUAUGAAGAAAGGAAGCUCUGUCAUCAAUACAACCUCGGUUGUAGCGUUUAGAGGGUCAUCCUCUAUGGUUGACUAUUCCUCGACAAAAGGAGCUAUUGUAAGCUUCACCAGAGCCCUAGCAAAGAAUUUAGCCCCAAAGGGUAUUCGUGUGAAUGCUGUAGCACCUGGUCCUGUGCACACCCCCAUCCAGCCAGCCUCUCGGCCUCCCGAACAAAUGGAAGGCUUUGGGUCCGGUUCCACGAUCGGGAGACCAGGUCAACCGAGUGAAAUUGCUCCAACUUUCAUAUGGCUGGCAAGCAAUGAAGGUGCUCUGUACUAUGGUCAAAUUAUGCACCCCUAUGCACUUGGGGAUUAA